AUGGCCCACAGCAGAGACACAGUCACACACGUGCAAAGCCAAAGACGAUCGACGAUGGCCAUGCCCAUGCAUGGGCAAGCAGCCUAGUAGUAGUAGUAGCAUUUCCAAACACAACUCACAUCACAAUCAAUUAAAAAUCGAUUAAAAUUUAUCGAAAUAGUUGUAUCCUGGCACAUAUGACUAAAUGCUUACCUUGUGAAUUGCCACGCAAGCAGUUGUUCCGCCAAAAUAGAUUCCUAUGGAGGCUGCCAUAUUGUUCCGCAAAGUCAUUAACCUAUUUCUUACGUCACAGCUGUUCGCCAAUCAAGCAUCGCCAAAUGUACUAUAAAUGUACACGUGUAACGAUCAUCAGCUGCACUGCUUUCUUGCCAGUUUACAGUACGGUGAUCUAAUGAAUCUAACGCCGAACUUGACGGGCAUUAGUUCUUGCACCUCCCGUUAACUGAACAAGCUGUAGUGUAUGCGUACGUCGUAUCAGCCGGGACAGCCGAAGGAUGCGAUUUGGUCUUUGAGUUAGAGGAAUCUGUAUUGUACCAACCUCGCAUGCGCAUGCUUGUACUUGUGUGAGUGAUAUUGUACAAAUACAAGGAGAGCGAUUCAUCAUGAAGGCUUCGUCACAGCCAAUGUGCUCAGCUAUUGUCUUUCUCUCGGUUAUGCUGAUGCAGUUUUUUGCAGAAGCCAAAAUAAAGGAAGGAGAGUGUGAUGUGUGUAUUUCUGUUGUAAAACACCUUGAAAGCAUCAUGACAAAUGAAGACAGAAAGAGUGAAGACAAGAUAGAGAAGAAGAUACGAAAGUACUGUAAGGAUGCCAAAGGAAAAGAAAACAGAUUUUGCUAUUACAUGGGAGGAACAGCAGAUGCUGCAACAGGCAUGUUGAAUGAUCUCAUCAAACCACUAUCAGUACCUCUCCCACCAGAAAGAAUUUGUGAGAAACUAAACAAGAAAGAUAGUCAGAUCUGUGAGCUCAAGUAUGAGAAACAAAUUGACUUUGAUUCUGUUGAUCUGAAGAAGCUCAGAGUGAAGGAACUCAAGAAAAUUCUAAGUGAUUGGGAAGAAGACUGCAAAUCAUGUAUAGAAAAGAGUGACUUUGUAAAGCGUAUUGAAGAACUUAAACCUAAGUAUGUCAAGCAGAAACCAAGAGAAGACUUAUAACUUGUGCUGUAAAUGAGUUUAGGUUAUUUAUUGGAAAAGAAAUUUGUAUUUUGUAUAGUUUUUCUAAUACAUCUUAUUAAUUCCUUACAUGAGCUGUUACACAAAGUUAAGUUUGACUUAAAAUCACUCUUAAAGCCAAUAGUUUGCAAAAUCAUGCCGAAGAAGCAUCCAUUUCAGGAAACUAUGUGUGAUGUUUGAAUCCAAUACCUCAUGUGCAAUAGCACUAAGCAUGAUUUUUAUUCAAACUUAAACUAAACUAAAGGGGAAUCCAACCUUGAUCAUUAAAUGUUGUGUGAGAGGGGAAAAUGAUAAAGAAUGGUGAAGGUUUGAAAGAAAUCAGACAAGCAAUAAGAGAGUUAUGGCUGUUUCAAAAUUGAAAAAUUAAGAUCAUGAAAUUUUCAAUUUGGCAACUGGGUAAGUAACUUCUGACAAGUGGAGAGGACAACUUUCCCAUAGGCCAUGUCCUUAAUUAUUAGAUAUUUUUGGUUUUCUCCCAAGUACCCAUUCCCCUCAAUAUAUAACCCAGGUAAAUAUAAUUUGAAAUAAAAUUGUUGAACAUAUCAAAAUUUUAGCCAUGUAAUGUAUUGGAGUAAAUAGAAACUGAGUAGUCAUUGCCAUACAUCACUAUGACAUCAUCAAUGUGGCCAAUUUGAAGUCUCCAUAGGUAUAGUGAUUACUAAGUAUUACAACUUUUGAAAAUUCAUAGCUUUCUUGUUUGUCCGAUAUUUAAAUUUUCACCUAUCUACUUGUCUGAUUAUUCUUUUUACUCUGAGACUUCUAUUUGGGUUGGAUUCUGCUUUAAUAAAACUCCAUGUGAGACAGUUGCUAGUUGUGUUACAGUCAACCCUGCCUCUAAGUAAUUUACAUGACUUAAACUCAACAAAUGAAGACUCCGAGAGGUUUGACUAUAAUUACAAGAUUGCUCUUUGAAUUUCCUCAUCACACAGGAAAUGUGUAUUUCAGGAUAAUAUUUGGUAAUGUUCUAACCAGAAGAGGUAAAAUCCAGCUCCAAAUAUAUGUAGCAUUUUGUUUCAUACUGAAUAAUUCACAAGAUGCAAGGGUAUGAAAGCCUGUUCUGAAAAAUAGUCUGAAAUACACAUUUCAUGUUACUUUCAAUAAAUUUCACUUCAUUUGUUAUUACUAUUAUCAAAAUAAUGUGAAAAAAAAAGUCUAAAAAGUGAUUUUAAUACAGAAUUAAAAUCCCCAAAUUAAAUAAAAAAUGUGAGAUUUUACACAAGUAGUACAACUCACUCAGUUUCUCAAUAAAGCUCUCUGUACUCAUCUUGUUUUUGUGUGUAAAAGUCAAAAUGAAGAAAGAAAAAUGAAUGACUGUAAAUAGUUCAAUGUGAAUCUUUGCAUUCAUGGCCAAUGCUGUGCUCUAAACUAACAAUACGGAUUUUACAAGACAGACCGUACACAAACCUCUAUCAACAUAUUGGUGAUAACUAAUUUGAGCAAGUAUAAUGUAUGCACAUUUUCCCUGUAUGAAGAUACACUUAGAUUCCAUCAGUUUUCCUUGGUCAACAGAGGACUGAGAACAAUGAAAAAAAAAUCACUACCCCAUACUUGUGCAGCUUAAUAUGUGAGAACACUGUCCUCACUCAGUCUACAUGUAGUUCUUUUGAAACUAGCGUCAGUUCUGUCUAUAAUACUGUGGUGAGAUUAUUCCUGUGCUGUUUAUUAAAAUCCCUAUUGCCAUGUGACAAUGAUUUAAAAAUUCAGUACAGACUGUGUAUACCCUUUUCCUUUUUCUUUUUUUAAUACGCCUGUCUUGACGGGACGUAUUAUGGUAUCACGCUCGGUGUCAGUCCGUUAACUUUUCCAUGUAAGCCCGAUAACUUCAGUUUAACCAUGGACCUACUAUUUGUUAACGUAAUAACUUUAGUUGAACUUAACCUAGGCACAUAUAAUUUGGGGUGUAUGAUACUAGCAUGGAUCCCAGGAAGUCUAUUGAUUUUAAGGUCCAAAGGUCAAGAUCAAAGUGACAUGUUUUCAUCUUACACUUCUGAAGUCCAUGUAAACGCGAUAACUUUAGUUUAACUUGACCUAGGCUCACAUAAUGCGGUGUGUGUGAUACUAGCAUGAAUCCCAGGAAGCCUUUUGAUUUUGAGGUCCAAAGGUUCAGGUCACACUGACAUGUUUUCAUCUAACCCUUCUGAAGUCUUUGUAAACGCAAUAAUUUUAGUUUGGUGGUGUUUUUUUUUACCUGAUUGCUAAGAAAGCAUGAAUGCUUGUAAGCAAGCAACCAGAGGACCGACGGCUAAAGGUCCUCUCCGAAGGACCUGGUACUGAGGAUUAAUGCCUUACCAAAGGGCACUAGCGCACCAAGUGGGAAUCGAACCCGGGUCACCGGAAUACGAAUCCCCCGCUCUGCCAACUGAGCUAUCGCGCCUCAAACUUAACCUAGUUUAACUUAACCUAGGCUCAUAUAAUUUGGUGUGUAUGAUACUAGCAUGGAUCCCAGAAAUCCUAUUGAUUUUGAGGUCAAAGGUCAAGGUCACAGUGACAUGUUUUCAUCUUACCCUUCUGAAGUCCUUGUUAACACAACUAACCUAUAGAAAGGCACAUAUAAUUUGGUGUGUAUGAUACUAGCAUAGAUCCCAGAAAUUCUAUGGAAUUUGAGGUCAGACAGUCAAAGGUAUUUCAACUAUUUAUUUAGGUUUAUGUCAUUUCAUGUACAUUAUAUUCUCAUUCAGUUAUUUUCUUAUAAUUUUCUUGAAUCUUGUUAUUAUUGUACUUUUAUUACAAUUUUCAGGGGAUGGAUAAACUAUGUAUUUCAGUCUUGAGCCCAGAGUAUCUCAAAUAAUAUUUAUCUAUUAACUAAGAUUAACCAUACGAUUCAAUGAAUAUUGAACUAUUUAUAUGAAAGUACUUGCUAUGUUCCAAAUAUUUCAUAAUAGCAUCAGUGCAUUGUUUGCAUUGUUUGAAUCAUUGAAAUUUUCUUUGAAAGUAGUGUUCUUCAUGACUCUGACAUCUUGAAGGGAUUCCAACCUUGACCAUUAUAUUAAAGAAAUUUGUUUUUUUAUGAAAGGAGAAAAAUAUGAAAAUCAUGCAUGUAGUUUGAUAAAAAUCAGACAUGUGAUAAGCUAUGGCCAUGUGAAAAAUUAGAUCUCUUAACUAAAGCAAUUUGAUGAGUUUAUUAUUGCAACUGUCCCAUAUGAAAUGUACUUGGUUAAUUAGUAGUCCUGAGUUCUUCUCCUAAUCUUGUUUUCCCCUUUUUGAAAACUUUUGCAAAGUAUGGCAUGUGUAUAUAGGAGCAGAUGGAGGAAUUAAUCCUAAUGAAUGAUAUCCUACAUGUAUAUAUGUAUACAUCACAAUGAUGUUACAUGUACCUAUGCAGACAACAGUAAAUUCAAAUAAAGUUCAUCCCUUUAUUAUUUA